GUUGCUAAAUUUAUUAUUAAUGGCGUUCACUGUUGCAGAUAUAACAGAUUGGAGAAAAGGUGUCACCCAACAAAACAGGGGAGUUGAUGGGGACGAUUGGAAAUCACUUAUCCAAGAUAAAGUCAGACAAGACGAAGCUUCUAUCGCUCAUGAUUUCAUCACUCAGAGAAAGAAAUAAAGAGGACUACAAAAGCGUGCUUGACCAGCAGAAUAAAUAUAUCAGCAAUUUGAAGAAUAGCAAGAGAAAGUUGAAAAAGCAGACCAAUAUGGCUGAAAGAAUGCGUCUUUGUGAUCAGUACAACCAAGAAAACGAUCUCAUGAUUCAGAAAAGGCUCAAAUCAGUAGAUAGAUUGAAGAAAAUCAAUGAUGAUAAUAAACUCCUGAACCAGAUGAGAGCUCAGCAAACCUCACUAGAAGGCAGAAAGCAAGAUGGUGAUACAUUUAAGGAGAACCCAAUCGAAUACAGGCUGCGUACUGAUUUUUUAAAUAAAAAGAUACAAAACAGACAACAAGAAAGAGAUAUUUUAGCAUAUAACCAUCAAGCAGCCAGACAACUCAAAAUGAAGCAAGAGCAUAGGAAGGAGAAAGAUAAGUAUUAUGGUAAACAAUUUGAUGCUUUUGUGGAAAACCAAGCUGCCACAUAUCUGCUUAACAGGACUAGCCAGCAAGGGAAGUAUGAAACUAAACGCCAAAUUCAAGAUCUUCAUGUUUUAAAAGAAAGAACAACUAGGAUCAAAAACAAAUUAGAUGAAGCAAUCGCUAAGCAUAAGGAAAAUGGGAGUCACUCUAGCUCUGAAAUGGAAGAGCUCCUCCAAAUGGAAAGAGUGCUCAAGAAGUGUCUUUUAGAUAUUGAAAAGGCUGAUAAAGUUCAGCCUCAAGAUCCUAAUUCCAUGACUAGAGAAGUGAGCUAUAAGACAAAUAUUAUCUUAGAUUGGCAAAUCCAUGACAAAAAGAUCAAUGAAAUCGAAGCUAAGCUCAAUGAUAAGGAGUAUAAGAAUUAUCUUCAAUUGCAAGCUGAUAAUGAGAUUCAUAAUAUGAAUGAAGAGAUGAAGAUUAAGAGGGAAAGACAGAAUAUCUAUCAUACAGAACUUCAGAAUCAAGAGAAGCAUCAGAAAAUGCUCAAAAGAAACCUUGAUCUCAAACUGAGUGAUAGAGAAAGAUUACUCAACAAAUGAAACAUUGGUUCGAAUAAUUAUUCUGAAAAGGAAGAGAAAUGCAAAUCUGUAGAAAGAUUUGCUAAUAUUGGAGCUAACAGAACUAUCGAUGCAACUGACUUAAAUAAAAGCGGACAAGAGUAUACUAGACAAAGUAACUCGAUGGCAAGAUAUGGCUUGACUGGAAGAAAGCACAAGAAUAACAUCCAAGUUGCCAACCAAAGCAUAGAUCAUUUAGGAAAUUUAUUGGAUAGAAGCAAAUCAACAGUUUUAAAGAAGCUCCAGCAGAAAACUAUUGGUAUGAAUUCAAGAAUGUCAGGCAUUCAAAACAUUCAGAUUAAUAACAACAACUCAACAGAGAUGAUGUACCCUUCGCUAACCAAGCGGAAUAUUCCUGAACAAGAACUUACUGAUAAAACUAAAAAGACUACUAUGCCCCGAAUUCACAGCUCACUUGAGAUCUCAAACGCUCCAGCCAAAGCCAGCCCACCAAUACAAUCAAAUUACAGCAGGAACAAAAUGGUCAAUCUCAAUCUCAACACCAUCAACAUGCCAAAUACUCAAAAUCCCCCUGCUGUCUACAGUAACUUCCAACAUUACUCUCAACAUCUUGGCCACAAGAAGUACUCUAUGCACUCAAAAAUCCCUAUGAGACAAGACCUUAGCCUGAACUUGCCAAAAUCCCAUGACUUCUUCAACCCAAUCACUGGAGGAAUGCUCUAAAAUCACGAACGAA